CGACUCUUAAUCCUCGUUCCGACGCGAGCUCAUCGAGGCCACACGAGUUUCCAUUUCCUUUGCAGCUUUCGUCUACUUGCCCCCGCUUUCAGGCGUAGCGUACGAUUCGUUCGACAUCCUUCCCCAGCACCGUUACACAUAACACCAUGGAACCCCACCGGCCAAGAUCAAGCCACAAGGUCUCCAUGACCUGGCACGAGGACGAGGCAACGUUAACACGAAUGAUGCAAUUCGCGGACGAGUGUAUCGAGACAAAGACGGUGACAACCACGACCACAACAAAGCGGUCCUACCCGCCACUCUUUCUCCGCGAACCACGAGACGUACUCUCGCUCGACUCCAAAGAAUAUCCACUUGCCGCAAAACCGACUCCGCCCGAGCUGCGAAAGUUUACCUUUGAUCUUGAUGACUACGAGACCCGCAGCUGGAAGAACGAGAUUUCAGAUCCUCAGGUUCGGCGGUCUCAGAGCAUCGAUUACACUGGCGAAAUCAAGCGCGAGCCUGGUGUUGACAGUCCAAUUUCUACAACGUCGCAUCGUCUCAAUGAACAGCUGGAGGCAUACCAAGGAAGGUCGAGAAGAUCAACGAGGGGCGUUUCGCCUAAUCAGACACCGAUGCCCACGAGAAGCUCACGGGCGGCAACGAAGCCUCCGAGCAUACCACAUACGGCUUCCGAUAAACUGCGUCAUGCCGUGUCUCGUGGCUAUAGUCGGGAUGCGGCGAGGGUACUCCGUCGCUCGUCAGGUUACUUGGCAACUCCUAGUACCUCUGAGCUUGCCACCGGUCGCUUAGAGCGAGCUGCGAGGCUGAGGUCCUUCCCAGCGGAUGUGGCGGACUCGGGAACUAGCCAGUCCACCUCUGUUUAUGAUGUUGAUAGCCUUGCAGACAGCGAGUCGCAAACGUUCAGCAACGUCGCUACCCCUCCCAUCACGGACCCGGAGCUUCCGCCAUUCGAUGACGCAGACGAUUCUCUCCCGCCCCAUGCCAGCGACCCUCCCCCGAGGAGAAGCCUUAGCACGGUGGCUGCCCAGGACGUUAGCUUGCCUAGUCCCAGGCUUUCGCCUACGUUGGCAGCCACUCAAGUGCAGCCUACCCAAGCCGACGACGAAGCCGAGGAGGCCGAAGAGACCUCAUUCUCGACACAACUCACGCGUUCAGACCGGCAACAAUGGAUGGACGAAAGCCAGGCGACGGAUGAUACCGAGGUUCCAGGAGCAAUGGAUCUAUCUCCAGCCCCAUACGGAGCCUCUCUUUCUCGGUCUAGGUCAUACCGGAGACCUCACCUCGACCCAGGUUCGAUGCUGGAUAGCUUUGACGCCAUGCCUAACGAGCUCAAAACCUGGAUGAUGUACCAGUUCCUGCGCAGGUGUCCCCGCAAAACCUUGCACGUUGUAGCGGAUGUGGUCAACCCAGCCCUCAAGUGCGAUUUUCUCAAGCAACUGCCACUCGAGCUCAGCCUCCAUGUCCUCUCUUAUUUGGACCACCGAGAUCUUUGCCGUGCAGCACAGGUGUCUAAGCAUUGGAGACACAUUAUCGACAGCAACGAGACCGGGUGGAAGGAGUUGUUUGACCGCGAUGGCUUCCGUUUGCCACCAGGGGAACUCCAGAGAGCUAUCAAUGAGGGUUGGGGAUGGCAGGACCCCGUCGGGUUCGAGGGAUGCGAGGUUGACCUGAGCAACCAAAGCCGGCUUACAUUCAGCGAGCAUGAGCUCAUCCGGUCGGCUGCCAAGGCGGACGUACCCGAGAUCCUACCACGAACGAGGAGCGCAAAGCGGAAGCGUGGGUCAACCCAGAUCAACGCCGAGAGGGCCAAACGCCGGGUCAGCGCCCAGGAGGGGAAGGCGGAUAGAAACAUGCCUCCGGCCAAGACCCACAAAUCCGAAGGCCCAAUCUCGGCUGCGAACGCUGCGGCUAUUGCUGUUCCCGACCCGCAGCUUGGCCUCCCGAGUCUGCGAAACCUUCACCUUUUCAAGUCGCUUUAUCGGAGACAUUAUAUGUUCCGGCGGAGCUGGAUGAGCGGGAAAGUGAAGCCAGGUCAUGUUGCUUUUGCUGCUCACCCACGCCAUGUCAUCACCUGCCUCCAGUUUGACGACGACAAAAUCAUCACGGGAAGUGACGAUACCUUGAUACAUGUCUACGACACCAAGACAGGAAAGUUACGUACGAAGCUCGAGGGCCACGAGGGCGGCGUCUGGGCGCUCCAGUACGAGGGGAAUACGCUGGUGUCUGGUAGCACAGACCGUUCCGUUCGCGUGUGGGAUAUCCAGAAAGGUAUCUGCACCCAGACGUUUUACGGACACACCAGCACGGUUCGCUGCUUGCAGAUUGUGAUGCCGGUUGACACCGGCAAAGUCCAGGACGGUAAGCCCGUCAUGAUGCCUCCUAAGCCGCUCAUCAUCACGGGCUCCCGGGACAGCCAGCUUCGCGUCUGGCGAUUGCCAGAGGCAGGUUCUCGUCGAUACAUUCAGACUGGUCCGCCUGCCAGUGAUGACCAAUGCCCUUACUUCAUUCGUAUUCUAUCCGGCCAUGCUCACUCGGUUCGCGCCAUUUCCGCAUAUGGCGACACACUUGUUUCCGGCAGUUACGACAGCACAGUACGCGUCUGGCGUAUCAGCACUGGCGAGCAGUUGCAUGUUCUGCACGGCCACGUCCAGAAGGUUUACUCGGUCGUGCUUGACCAUAAGCGGAACCGGUGCAUUUCGGGAUCCAUGGACUCGCUGGUCAAGAUCUGGGAUCUUAACACGGGAGCAUGUCUGCACACGCUCGAAGGCCACAGCAUGCUGGUCGGCUUGUUGGACCUGCGGGAUGACCAGCUGGUCUCUGCCGCUGCCGACAGCACGUUACGGAUUUGGGAUCCUGACACGGGCAAGUGCAAGAAAGUUCUUGAAGCCCACACUGGAGCCAUAACUUGUUUCCAGCACGACGGACGAAAGGUGAUUUCGGGCAGUGAUAAGACGGUCAAGAUGUGGGACGUCGCUACGGGCGAUUGUGUCCAGGACCUCCUGACCGACUUGGCUGGCGUGUGGCAGGUCAAGUUCGACGAUCGCCGGUGUGUGGCUGCUGUGCAGCGCGAUGGUCUCACAUAUGUUGAGAUCCUCGACUUUGGUGCUGUCCGUGAUGGCAAGCCACCCGAGGAGCUGGGCAAGCGGAAACUAUUGAACGAGGCCGAGGUCCAGCGACUAAUUGCAGAGGAGUCCUGAGCCACCACUGGGUGUGGGUUGCUCAGCACCAAGUUUGGCGCAUUGAGCUCCAGCUAGAGGCACACACAAAGGGGACCAUCACAGGCCAAAUUACUGUGCGAAUUUUCUUGGGCAAGCUACGUGGGCACAUGAUGGGAGGAACGGGAAAUGACAUUGAAAUGAAAAGAAGCCGUAACAAUUUGGCGAGUGCGCUCUGAGCAUCUACAUCAUUCAACGUUCAUGAUUGUCAGCUUUGGGGACUAGGGGGUGUGAGCGAGGCAGGGCAAGGCAACAUGGGUAUAUUCU